GAGGAUGCUCUCUAUUUUGAACACGUGACUGCAACGUAGAAAAUAAUGUAAUGUUUUCAUUUCAGACAGCUGACACUGAAGACAACAGAAGGAGAAAUCAUUUCUGAAAAGAGAAUAUCGAAGAUCUUACUUCUUGUUUCAUCAGCAUCAGAUCGAUAGAGAAAUCGGAAGAAGAUGGGACGAAUUUUUCUGCGACACAUUGGAGGGACCAGACUGUUCUCUUGUGCCAGUUGUGACACGCCUCUCACAAACAGAGCCGAAUUGAUUUCAACCAGAUUCACAGGUGCCACAGGCCGAGCCUUCCUCUUCAAUAAAGUGGUCAACUUGAACUACAGUGAGGUACAGGACCGCGUCAUGUUGACAGGACGACACAUGGUUCGCGACGUCUCCUGCAAGAACUGUGACGCAAAACUUGGCUGGGUGUACGAGUUUGCCACGGAGGAUAACCAGAGAUACAAGGAGGGACGGGUCAUUCUGGAGAGAGCCCUGGUGACAGAGAGUGAAGGCAUUGAGGAGCACAUCAGCCAUGAUGGAUGAAAAACAAUGGGGAAUAACUGUUGCCUUAAAAAUGUAUAUACAAAAGCUGUGUGUAUGUUUUGAUGACAAUGACUCACAUAUCUUGGGUAUGUCUGUAAGUCCAGACAAGAAGUUUGUGCAAGUCUUAAGACAGGAAAUUUGUUCCUGUGAAGUUUGUUUAAACUGGCGUUAGCCACGGGGGAAUUAUGACUGUAACAUUACUGUACUUUGGAUGCAUGCAUGUAUGUGUGAAUAUCUAUGGUAGUAUCGAUAUGACUGAUAAGAGUUCAAUAUACGUUGCCAUGGCAAAUUAUAUGAAACUGUACAAAUGUUACACAAGUAUUUAUGUAAUUUGUAAGGUACUGGAAUUUUUCAGGUUUGAAAAGAAUGAAAAUGCGAAGAAUGACAACUCUUGUAAGCUUGCAUUUGCUGAAAAAUAAUCAUGCAAGGCUAUUGAAAGAUUGUCUACUUUUUUUCUCUUGAGAGAAAUUGAAGGGACAGUUUUUUCUCCAUACGAAAUUAAUGACUGUAUGAAGUUAGCGGAUGUUGAAAUAAUUGUACAUGUAUUGUUUUAGGUUCUUUGCCUCUCUCUCUCUCUCUCUCUCUCUCUCUCUCUCUCUCUCUCUCUCUCUCUCUCUCUCUCUUCGGAUGAAAUAUUGUUAACCAUCUUAAGUCAGUAGUGGCAUAGAUUUCAGCCACAAAGUUUUGCUGCUACCUGGUAAGUAUCAAAACACCAGGAACUUUCUUUGUUUUAGAAUUAAAAUUUACACAAUCUAGAUUUUAAUUAAAUAUAGUGUGGGUAAUAUGGAAAAAAAUUGGUGCAAAUAAUAUUUUACUAAAAUUCUGUCACUAAAAUAUUGGACCUGCUUGUUUUCAGCAAUGUAGGAUGCUAUAUAUAUAUAGUUAUUUUAAAAUUGAGUUUGAGGUAGUAGGAAAUCUUAAACUCUGAGAUUUGAACCCAGUGAAUGCCGCAUAUCAUGAAGAAUUGUUGUUGCUAAUUGUUUCAGUGAAUCAACAGAGGCAGAUACAAAUUUAAAGUUUACAAUGUAGUGUAUUUUCCUAGAUACAUUAGAAUAAUAUUUAAAAUCUUUGAAUAUAGUAAGGAAAAAGAUGUGAUGUAUAUUAUUGUCUGUAUUUAUUUGUUCUACACUUUAUAAUUAUUAUCUGUUUUUGCAUUUUACUGACAGCUAGCUGGAACACGUAAGCUUCAAAAUAUAUUUUUGAAAUGAGUAGAAAUAGAUAUAUAUAACAGUUAACAAAAGCAGGUGGUAUUGCAGCAUUACUUUGAUUUUCUAGCUUGGUACAAUUUAUAGGAGAUUGAUCUUAUUACCUGGAUGACUUUCCACAAAAUCGUUGACAUAUUAAAUUAUGUGCUUUGUCUCAUCCAACAAAUGGAAUUGAUUUUCUCAUUAUGCAAAUUUUCUUCAGCUGUGAUUGCAGUUAUGCUGCGUGAAGAAAACAUGUUAUAAUAUAAUAGAAGAUGUAUACCAUGUACAAAAUUGUGAAAAUUAAAUCUUAUCUAGAUAUUAA